AUGAAAUUUAAAUUUUGUGGAGAUUUAGACUGUCCUGAUUGGGUAUUAGCCGAAAUUACCAAUCUAUCCAAGAUGUCUUCGGUUAAGAUGAAACUUCUCAUCACUCAGGUCAUCAAAUGCAUGUUAGAAGGAGAAUUAAAUUAUGAUAAAGUAUACAAGUUGACAGCCGAUGCUAAAUUUGAUUUAUCUGAUAUUAAAGGGAGUAUUGCAACGUCUCAUUUUAUCUUAUGCAAUGCUGCUAAAUAUAAUAUGGAAAGUGAUGCAUUAUGCAAUGAAUUGCAACAGUUAGGUUUGCCGAAAGAACAUGCUACAGGAUUAUGUCGGGCAUACCACGAUAACGUGGAAAAAUUACGUCAAGUAUUGCAAGACACUUCCUUACGAUUAUCCAAGUUUAAGUCAUGCGAUUGGCGCGUCGAUUACGUUAUGAGUUCGAGUGUACAGCAACAAGUUGAUCAACCAGAAUUUCAUUUAAAAUUAAAUUAUACCGCUACUGAUAGCAAUGAUGAGGUCAAGUCUGCUGCUUUCACGACCGAUCGAGAAGGACUUCGUGAACUUAUUAGGGAAUUAAAGGAAGCUCGAAAAGUCAUGGAAUCAUUACACUGA